CUAAACUAAGGAGAGGAAGAAGCCUACAUUCAAGUUCCAUAUCUUCCCUUCGCCUCGUCAAGCACGAAACGCAUGGCUUCAGCUUAUCAUGCACCGCUCUACUUAUCGUGCUCCUCACUCAUGGCCAACGAACCCUCGGUCUCCCUUUCUCACCAACGUAUCCAGACACACCUCCCAAAUUCUUUUCUAACUGGCUCACGACCUAUGGAUGCAUGCAGGACUCUGUACCAUUUGACCGGAUCGUUUCUCUCCGUUGAGGUGAAGAGGAGGAGAACAAAUUUUAGUUCAAUAUCAGGGAAAUUCUCUUGCUCGCUCGCAAAUGGACCUGAAGUAGUAACAGCUUGCUCCUGGAACGAGCUGGUCCUCAGCAGUGACGUGCCUGUUGUUGUGGAGUUCUGGACUUCAUGGUGUGGACCCUGCAAGAUGGUGAGCCGUCUCAUGAACGAACUGGCAAAUGAUUACUCAGGGAGAAUCCGAUGCUUCAGGAUCAACGCUGAUGAUUAUCCUCAAGUUGCAGCCUCUAAUGGCGUCGAGCGAAUUCCAACUAUUUUGGUGUUCAAGGACGCUGAGAAGCUUGAGAGGAUUACAGGCACUUUGCCAAAAUCUGUUUAUGUUGCAGCUAUCCAGAAAUCACUUUCGGAAUAGGAAGAAUUCAGUUUUUUUUUUUGCUUAAUCCAGAGAAGAAUCUAUGCUUUCACAAGCCAUUGUGAUUGCAUUUUUUUCUUUUUAUUUUUGCUUAAUCUCCCGAUCAGUUUCUUCUGAACUCGGACUGGUUGAUCUGGUAUAUAGUUUGUUGUAUAUAUAUAAACAAGCCAAUAAAUUUAUUCAGUGCGAGAAAAUGUAUGAUGAUAGAGUGUUUAAUAUUCUAA